AUGUGGGGGCUGCCAGGGUGUGGAAUAUGCCGUUGGACGUUCCGGUUUCUGUCAGUAUUUCAUCUGUCUGAAGACGUCACUGCAACAUUUAUUGAAAUAGUCUUCAAAACCCAAAGUGUCAAGAUGCCGCGCUUGAAAGGUUACAAGAGAAGUCGUGCUCUUAAACUGCGAAGAGAGAAGCAGCUUAUUCUUUCUGGAAAAGCAAGCAGAAAGUGCUUUGUGAAACUGGGAUUGACCUUGGAAAAAGAGCAGAAUUGCGUAAAGGAAAGUGUUGAUACUGACUUCGCCGCUUUCCAAAUCCCAAUAGAGGAUGAGAACCUGGAGGAGACACAAGAGGAGACGCAACUUACUGUACAAAGUCUUCUUGUCCAUUUAGAGCAAACGUCUGAGGAGAGUCCUUCUGAAGCAAAGGAAAACCACAUAUGUACGACGCAGCAGGAGCCGUUGGAGGAGACAAUAGAAGAGGUUCAGAAGCUGGAGGAGCCACAAGAGGACACACAUCUUACUGUACAAUGUCUUGUUCCUUUAGAGCAGACGUCGGAGAGUCCUUCUGACGCACAGGAGAGCCCCCUAUUUAAGGUUCCAGAGUUGCUCUUUUUCCCCGAGGAUCUCGAUCUGUUCCAUGAAACUACAGCAUGA